AGUCCCAUAGUUUGUGUGUAACAAUUCUCAAAUGUUUCGCUUGAAAUGGUGUUGCUACUGCAUUGGCCUGCGCAAGGGCUGCAUAAUCAUUGCCUGCCUGGACUUUGCCAUCAAUGUCAUCGUGGCCACCAUGGCCGCAAAAAGUAAGCUAUUUGACAGAGCUUAUCAUAACCCAGUUUAAAACCUUCUUUACAGACGACUACGUCAGUAGAAUUGAGCAGGCGGUGGGCAUUUGCCAUUGCAUUGGCUGCGUCUUCCUGACUGGCGGUGCUCUGCUCCCUACAGAAAUCAUCCGUGCUGCUGAUCUUCUUCCUCAUUACCAGCCUCACCAACUAUGUCAUACUGAUAGCCUAUGUCAUCUACAUUCUCACCAAUUGGGUGCCCGAGGCAGCCUUCAUAGUGCCUUCUGUUUUGGGGUACACGGCUAUUGGCAUUUACUUUUGGCUCAUUGUCUUCUCCUAUUACAAAAACGUGACCAGCGAUACUGUAAUAGUUGAGGUCUAAGAUCCUUAUAUUAGCAUUUAAAUCAAAGCUCAAAAUUAUAAUUAUUGAUAAAAAAUUCUUUCUGAUGUUCCGUUUGGCACUCGAAUUCCCUAUCGACCUGUAGGUUUACUGUCCUGACUUGCACAGAGU